AUGAGCUCAUCAGUAAGCAUCGGGAAAAUCGGACGAAUGAUGACGAAGCUCACGCUUGAGCCAGAUGAAGAUCCUGAUGAUCUGCCGGGCACAAAAAAAGAAGUCUUUCAAAUGUUUGAGAAACGGGGAUCCGAUCCAAAUCAGCGAGCCAUUCUCAAAGUCCAAAAUCGAACAGCUAGCCAGGCAAGUCAAGUCUCUGGAUCUGGAUCGACACUCGAUCGAAACACUUUACGCGUUAAAAGAGUCAGCAAUUCCGAGCUUUCCCCAAGUGAUGCCGAGUAUUAUCGCGAGCAAUCGGAUGCUCAAUCUCCUCGCGCAUCCACCUCAUCGACUUCAAACACUGGCACUCAGGUGAGAGCCUCUCCGCCACGUCGAAACUCAACUUUCUGCAAACGCGGCUCAAUGACGAUGGAUCCAUCAAUUAAAAAAGUCGAUCUCGACUCAACGUACAAAGUGUACAAACAGCUUGGCACCGGUCGCUUUGGCUACAUCAAACUCGCUGAACACAAAGAAUCCCGGCAGAAAAUCGCUAUCAAGUUUUUCCCUCGACCACAAACGAAACAGAUAGACUUUGUGCGUGAGUACAACUACUCGUAUUUCCUCUCGCCUCACUACAACAUUCUCGACACAUAUGAGGGAAUCAUGCAGACAAGCGACGAGACGGCUUUCUUCUUCGUUCAAGAAUUCUGUGCCACCGGCUCGCUGAGAGACGCCGUCGAGGCAAGCCCAAAUGGAAUUGGUGAGGUGGGCACGCGAGCCGUGAUGUCCGGGGUGUUGGCCGCAAUCGAGUACAUGCACUCGGAGGGACUCGUUCACCGUAAUCUCAAAGCCGAGAACAUUCUCAUCUUUGACAAUAAAAACUACACAAAAGUAAAAGUCACUGACUUCGGGUUGACAAGAAAAGUCGACUCGACGGUGAAAUAUCUGGAGUACGUGAAUCAAUACCAUGCUCCCGAGUUGUGCGAAACGGUGGCAAAUGAGAUGUUAACCGUGGCAACGUCGAUUGAUAUUUGGGCACUUGGUGUCAUCAUCUACUAUGCUUUAAAAGGUAAAUUCCCGUGGCAAAAAGCGUCGAUAAUGUGCAAACCAUAUUGGGAAUGGGAACAAUGGUUGAAGAGAAAGAAUCCGGUUCUUCCAAAGAAAAUGACGGCUUUCACCGAAAAAGGCAUCAAACUUUUCAAGAAAUCAUUCGCUACAAAGCCAAAAGAUCGCUGGACGGCGAAAGAGUUGCGAAAAUGGGUGACGAAAGAGAAAUUGUUGAACAAAGUCAAGGCGGAUUCCCCGGACGACUAUGUUUAUUAUCCAGAAGCAGAAGCAGAGAAAAUGGAAAGAGAACCAAAAGAAAGCGCACGAGAAAGAGAUGGAGGAACGGGGAAAGGUGAAGGGAAAAAGCAACGAUCCGCUUUGCAUCAAUGGAUAAACUCAACGCUGAACACAAUGGCCGAGAUCAGUGAACAAGUCGUUUCGGCUCAUGAU